AGCCUCUGCCCUUCGUUCGGCUGCAGUGGAGUGCAGUUCUACCUCCCCUCUGUUUUCUUUUUUAUCUGGCAACUUUGGCAGUCACAGCACAGUGACAGAAACCCUCACUGAUUAAAACCGUUGUAGCGUUUUCACGGCUUUUUGUCCAGAGAGAUCUCAGGACCACUGAAGAAGAAGAUGUUGAGGCGAAGGCCUUCCAAUGCCUCAGAGAAGGAGCAGGUGCAGAAGAAGAAGCUCACUCUGCAGAGGUCCAGCAGCUUCAAGGAUUUUAUGAAGCACAAACCCACCUCUCCUGUUGUGUCAGAAAAGGAGUUUACCUUGGAGGAGAAUGUGGUAGAGUGUGUAACAGAAGAGGAAGCAGUGAAAAGUGGCAGCAAACUGGGAAAGAAAUGGCGCAAUGUCAUCUCACGUACCAUGACCCGCAAAACAUCCAAGAUGGUGCAGAAGGCUCUGGCUGAGGAGGGGGGUGAGAGCGGUGAGGAGUUGUCUCCAGUGUCUUAUGACUGUCUUCCAGAUCUGAGUGCAGGACAGAGGACGUCUGUAUGCUCCACAGGGUCAGAGGACACCACGCCCAGCCCCAUCACCCGCCAGCUCUCAGGCAGUAGCGACAGACAGAGCUUGGACAGUGGAUACUGCCAGAGGGACAGCAUGAGACUGGAGGAGAACGGCAUCUCUUACAACGGACCUUUCUGUGGUCGCGCUCUGGUCCACACUGACUUCACUCCCAGCCCGUACGACGUGGAGUCACUCAAACUUCAAAAAGGAGACAUCAUCUACAUCAUUGAGAAGCCCCCAGUGGGGACGUGGACAGGGAAGCUCAACAACAAAAUGGGAUCCUUUAAGUUCAUCUACGUCAACCUGCUGCCUGAUGAGAGCCCCCCGUCCAGGAGGAGACAACGCAACAGCAAGACCUGCCAAGCCAAGUCCAAACCCAAAACCCUGGAGGAGGUGCUGGACACCAUGGGUCUUAGUGAGCUGAGUUCUUUGCUGUCCAUGCACGGUUUCCAGAGUCUGGAGGACUUUGCAGGACUGAAGGAGUCUCACCUCAACGAGCUGAACAUCACCGACCCAGAGCAGCGCUCCAAGAUCCUGAAUGCCUCUGAACUGCUCAGAGACUCUGAAGAAGAAUCAGAGCCUGAAGAGGAGAACAGAUCUGGGCAGGAUGCCAAGGAGCCGAGGGAUUCGGGCUGCUUCGAGAGCUCGGAGAACCUGGAGAACGGACGUGAGGAGCCAAAGACUGAGGAAGACCUCCAGGAUGAAGCAUCGGAGGAGCAGACAAACCAGGAGAAACAUGAGCAGGAAACAGAACAGCAAAAGGAGAACCAAGGCGAGCAGCUGGAUGCUCUCCAGGAGCAGCUGCAGGAGCUGACGGUGGACGAAGGAUCUUGAGAAGUGGUGGGAAAAUACUCAAACUUCUUUUAUUCCUGGUUCUCAGGGACUCUGUGGACGGAGGUUUAAUGCCAUUAAAAACGUCUCUUCAUUAUAAGAGAGAGGACCGGUGGUAGGAACACAAUGUAAGGUUGAAAUACUGAAUGAACAUGAUGGUCUCAGUUUGCUUGCACUGUUGAGCAAGCAGCACAACUUGUCUUCAUCUGCCACAGCUGGGUUUGCUGUUUUGAAUGAACAUGUUAUAUUGUAGGAAUUAUGUGUGCUGUUGUUUCCUACUGAGGAUCAUGUUAGGUGUAAGGUGUCUGUUAAUGACGGUACCAAUGAAGCAUUUAAAGGUUUUCUUUCUCUUCACUAUGACCCUCUCUUAAAUGUUUUCAUGUUGUGCAGUGUGAUACAAAUACGAAUGUAAAAUAUUUUUUAGAUAUCUCUCAUGUUACUUGAACUGUAACUUUCAGUAGUUAGAUUUUAUGUGUCAUGAGGUCCAUUACACUGAUUUCUGUCAUUAUGAGGAAGUUGUUUACUGUGCUGUAAAUAGAAUUUGAAUAAAACACAAUUCAGUGAGA